AUGGCCUCCAAAGUCGUCCUUGUCCUCGGCAACACGACGACGGCGGGAUACGUCGCAGAGCUCGCAGCUAACAACGCGUCGCCCGGAACCGUCACCCUUGCCAUCCCCGGCACGCCCGUCAUUGACCAGGUCACUACCGUCGAGACUGACCUGUCGCACGACGCCAUUGCAGCCGCCUUCCAGUCGCAGUUCGCCAAGCAUGGCCGCCUCGACUCUGUCCUCUGCGCCUACACCCCGCCUGCCGACGGCGUCAAGGGUACCCCUGGCCACGACCAGACGGCGAUCCAGUGGACCCUCGACCCGACCAUCCGUGCGCUCAAGAACGUCCUCUUCCACGCUCGCCGCCAGGGCGUCAAGAACGUUGCCGUGCUUGUGAUCAAUGGCCCCGACGUUCUCAACAGCACCGCCGCGGGCGCCAUCGUCGGCACUUGGCGCAGCAUCCAGCCCCGCCUCGAGGUGCUCGGCUGCACGUCCCAGCUCGUGUUCGCCGACGCCGACACGCCCCUCGCCGCCGAGACGGUCGCCAAGUGCGUGUCCGUUACGGCCUCGCACGUCUACAUCGUCGAGAACGGCAGCGUCAAGACGGUCAGCGCGACGUGUGGCGAGCCCAAGGGGUUCCAGUACGACCGCAUGAUGGAGCGCAACGCCGGCGGGCUGGUCAAGGCCGAGAAUGUGCAGAAGUUUCUCAUCUGGCUCAAGCAGACGCGCAGCAAGGGUCUCGUCGCGGCCCUCCUCAUCGUCGGCGGCGUCACUGUCAAGACGUUCUGGGCGACCAUUGUCGGCGUGCUCCAAAAGGUUGGCAAGUAA